AUGAGCAAACAACUUUUUUCUUCCAAAGGUGAUAAUCGUAUGACCACAGUGGUCGCAACACCUGGAUAUGGGCCUGAUCGUCAAGUCGAAGUGCAAUAUACGGAUGCAAAAGUUAUUGGCAAUGGAUCUUUUGGUGUCGUUUAUUUAGCUAAACUGGUGGAAACAAAUGAACUGGUUGCCAUAAAGAAGGUUUUACAGGAUAAAAGAUUCAAGAAUAGAGAAUUACAAAUUAUGCGGAAAUUGGAACAUCAGAAUAUUGUGAAAUUGAAGUAUUUCUUUUAUUCGAGUGGAGAAAAAAAAGACGAUCUCUACCUCAAUCUUAUCCAAGAAUAUGUUCCGGAGACGAUAUAUCGUAUAGCACGUCACUAUUCGAAACAGAGACAAGUUAUUCCGCUAAUUUAUAUUAAAGUUGGUUUUAGUUCUCAUGACUAUCUGCUUUACAUUUACCAGUUAUUUCGUGCAUUGGCAUAUAUUCAUAGUUUGGGCAUUUGUCAUAGAGAUAUUAAACCGCAAAAUUUAUUGUUAGAUCCGGAGACAUGCAUUUUGAAACUGUGCGAUUUUGGUUCUGCAAAAAAUUUGAUUCGCGGAGAACCGAAUGUUUCAUAUAUUUGUUCUAGAUAUUACCGUGCUCCUGAACUUAUAUUUGGGGCCACUGACUAUACGACAAGUAUAGAUGUUUGGUCAGCUGGAACUGUGCUCGCUGAACUCCUUCUCGGCCAACCCAUAUUUCCUGGUGAUUCUGGUGUGGAUCAGUUGGUCGAAAUUAUCAAGAUUUUGGGUACACCAACUCGUGAUCAAAUACAGCAGAUGAACCCUAAUUACACUGAAUUUAAAUUUCCGCAGAUAAGAGCAAAUCCGUGGCAACGUGUAUUUCGUCCAAGAAUCCCACCAGAAGCUAUCGAUCUUGUAUCACGUCUCCUGGAAUAUACUCCAAGUGCUAGACUUACACCAUUACAAGCUUGUGCUCACGGUUUCUUUGAUGAAUUACGAAAGGGAGAGCGGAAAUUAAGUAAUGGAAAACCUCUUCCGCCACAACUUUUUGAUUUUUCUGAACACGAACUUCGAAUUGAACCUCAUUUGAAUCCUAUUUUGUUGCCUCAAAGUGUUAGUCAAGGUAUUUUUUAA